AUGGGGUUCUCAGAGUUACUUGGAACCAUUGGGGGAAUUGGGCACUUCCAGGUCCUACAGAUUGCACUGAUGUUCAUUAUUGGGAUAUUGUUUACCUGUCAAAAUUACAUAGAGAACUUCACUGCAGUGGUCCCAGAACACCACUGUCGGCUCCAGAACCAGACAAGUGUUGAGGCUCCUUUUCUGGGAGAUGGCAGUAACACAGACCUGCUGAACGUUUCCAUUCCCAUGGAUAAACAUGGAAAGCCUGAGACCUGCCUCAGGUUCACUGAACUUCAGUGGCAACUCCUGAAUCCAAAUGCCACAGAGCAGACAAGAUUGGACACUGAGGACUGCCUGGAUGGAUGGGUCUAUGACAAGAGUGUCUUCUCCUCCUCCAUUGUUAUUGAGUGCCUCCAUCCCAGGAAAAAAAGAAAAAAAGAAUGCCAAAGUCUUUGGGCAAGUUGCUUUGCAUUUGCAUUCACUCCCUACUGUGAGGGACUCUCUUUACCAUCAAGUUCAGUCUGGCUGACCUGAGGGACUCUGAGAAAGCAAGUGGCUUGUCCAAUAUCACACACCUAGGAAGUGUCUGAGGGGUGAAACUUAGCCAUGUCAUCUUGUCUGUUCAAAUCUGGGAUUUUCUCAGUAUAUGAAAUU